AAGCACUAUCUCGUUCGAUAUUGACAUAUACUAUAAAGUCGGUUGCUAAAUUGUAUUCCUUAGGUGUUACAGUUUGACAUAGUUCAAAAAAAUCUUUCUUUAUCCAAAAGGGAAAGUUGAAGAAUGACUAAAGCUGAUUCAUCCUUGUAACUUUAUUUGUGGCCUUCUAACUAAGAAAGAAAAGAAAAUGCAUGUAUAAAUUUAACUUUAUAAAGUAAAGUUGCAUUUCCAUUGCAUGUGGAUUGUAAUAAAAGGCAUUUCAGUUGAUCAUCCACAUAACAAAAUUUAGUAAUAAUACUUACAUCUCAGGGAAAUGGAUUCUCCUUUGUUACAUGAAUUCAAAAGGCAGGCUUUCUUUUUUCUCAGAGAGAAAUUCAACACUGCUCGACUCGCGCUUACAGAUGUUACUCAUACUCAACUGCUGGCUGAAGAAGCUACAACUGGAGAUUUGAUUGCACCAAACAUGCAAACUAUGAGACUAAUAUCUCGUGCAGCUUUUGAAGUUGAUGAUUAUUGGAGAAUAGUUGAUAUUCUGCAUAAGAGGUUGUCGAAAUUUGAUAGAAGAAAUUGGAGAUCAUCUUAUAAGGCCUUGAUGUUAUUAGAAUACCUGUUAACUCAUGGACCAGAAAGUAUUGCAGAGGAAUUUCAAAGUGAUGAAGAUGUAAUCAGACACAUGCAAAGUUUCCAAUAUGUUGAUGAAAAAGGGUUUAAUUGGGGAUCAAGCGUUAGAAACAUGUCCGAGAGGGUUAUAAAGCUAUUUGAAGACCGGAGUUUCCUGAAGAAGGAGAGGGACAGAGCGCGAAAAGUGACAGUUGGAAUAGAAGGAUUUGGGAGUUUCUGCAAACGUCCUGUUUCACGCGAAGAGAGCAUGAAACAAGCCAUUCCCGAGAGGUACCUGAGAAGCAAUUCUGAGUUUACUGACAGCCAAAAUAAGGAGAACCAGACCGUGGCCUCAGAUAAAGGAUUCUCUUGCAAGCAAAAAUUGGGGAAAAGUUGGAAUAUAGAAAGUGUUAUAGAUGAUACAAUUAGUGAUGCCAUGGAAUGGAAUCAACAUCCAUUUUAUGAUAAUCACAGCCAAGCUUCAUUGCUUUCUAUCUCUGGAUUAAGCAGCAAAGCAGUAUCGCCAUCGUUGGAGAAGAAAAAAGAAGGGUAGGAUGAGAAGCUCUAUUUGGUAGAAAUUGUGUCAAGUUUGUGUUUUCAUGUCAAUGGAACUUCUCUUCCAACAGAGAGAUACAUAGUUCAAAGACAUGUUAUAAAGCAGAGCACUUUAGACAUAAAGAUGGAUACUGUCAAUUCAUAAAAACUUGCCAAAGUUCCCCUUCUUGUUAGGUACUUGAAUAUUUUGCCUAAUCGUUCGGGUCCAUUUAUGGUUAUUUCUUCUGUGAAAAGUAAUGAUGUGUAUUUGGCAAAUCAAAUACUAUGGUCCAAUAGUUAACCAUUCUGAUUAGUUGAUAAUCUCAUGUAACAUCCCAAAUACAAGUACAGAAGAAUGACUUGGAGGGAGAGAAAAAAAAGAAA